AUCCCCUCCCAAAUAGGGAGCAACCCGGAAAAACGCGAACCGACUCUAGCUGAAGCAGCUCUCCUCGCCAUCGAUCCUUCUCGAUCUGCUCCGAUGGCCGACGCCGGCGCCGCCAAGCCCGAGCCGGAGAAGAAGUCCUGGGCCGACGUCGAGGAGGAGGAGGAGGCCAAGGCCAAGGCGGAGGCGGAGGCCGAGCUCGCCGCCGCCGCCUCAUCCUCCUCCUCCGCCGCCCCCAUCGAGCCGGUGGUUGAGGCUCAGGCGAAGCAGAUCGAGGCGCUCUCGCUCUCCGUGCCGGACGACGACGGCGGCGCCGAGGGCCCGCCCCUGCUCGACGACUCCGACGACUCCCAAAUCCAAGCCGUGACCUCGGGCGGCACGGUGUACGAGUCGGCGACGACCUUCGAGGACGUGAAGCUCACCCCCGAGCUGCUCAAGGGGCUGCACGACGAGAUGGGGUUCAGCCGCCCCAGCAAGAUCCAGGCCAUCACACUCCCCAUGAUCCUCACGCCGCCCUACAAGGACCUCGUCGCGCAGGCGCACAACGGCUCCGGCAAGACCACCUGCUUCGUCCUCGGCAUGCUCAGCCGCGUCGACCCCAACCGCAAGGUCCCCCAGGCCAUCUGCAUCUGCCCCACCAGGGAGCUCGCGCAGCAGAAUAAAUCUGUGCUCAUGAGGAUGGGCAAGUUUACCGGCAUUACCUGUGCCUGUGCAAUCCCGUCGUCUCAGAAAGAAUAUAUGCCCAUCAGCAAAAUGGCUCCGGUGACCGAUCAGGUGGUGAUUGGCACUUCUGGGACGCUCACCAAGUGGAUUACCCAUAAGAAGCUUGCGACUAGGGAGAUCAAGAUUCUUGUGUUCGACGAGGCAGAUCAUAUGCUUGCCGAGGAGGGCUUUAAAACUGAUUCUUUAAGGAUCAUGAAGGAUAUACAAAAUAGUGCUGGUGGCUGUCAGGUGCUUCUCUUCUCUGCGACCUUCAACGAGAAAGUGAAGGAAUUUGUUACAAGGGUCAUUAAGGACGGAAACCAAAUAUUUGUGAAGAAGGAAGAUCUUACUUUGGAAAAAGUAAAGCAAUAUAAAGUCCGAGUCCCUGAUGAGGCGGCCAAAAUAGAGGUUAUAAGGGACAAGAUCUUUGAGUUUGGGCAAAAGGUUGGACAGGUUAUCAUCUUUGUGAGAACAAGAAAUAGUACUAAGAAUGUACAUAAUGCUUUGACAAAAGAGGACUAUGUGUGCUCCUCAAUUCAAGGAUCCCUUGACCAAGCAGAGAGGGAAAAAGUAAUUCAGGAAUUCAAAGAUGGGUACACCAAGGUUCUUAUAUCAACUGAUGUUCUUGCUCGUGGGUUUGACCAAGCACAGGUUAACCUGGUCAUCAACUACGACAUGCCAAUCAAGUAUAAUACGAGAGAUGAACCUGAUUAUGAGGUGUACCUGCACAGAAUUGGCAGAGCUGGGCGCUUUGGCCGAAAAGGAGCUGUGUUCAACCUGCUAUGUGGUCAAACUGAUGAAGCUGUGAUGACAAAGAUCGAGGACUACUUCCAGCACAAAGUGCCUGAGGUCCCCAACUGGAAAAGCGAGGACAAUUUUGAGACUGCUCUUAAGGAUGCGGGUUUACUCGAGUAAACGUUUCCUGGCAGAAAUAGGUGGCGGCAAAUGCGCGCUUAUUUGAUUAUCUUGUCACCAGCACUUGGGUUCUUUCCUUUGCACCAGAUGCUUGUGUCUGGAGUGGAUUAUGCUGAGCUGAUGCGAUGAAUUCUAUGAGAGAGUGUGUCCAUUUUUAUGCUCGUUCGUUUGAGGUUUUCAAGUCUUCUUCACACACGCCCAUGUAAUUUCCUUUGAAAAUUCAUUUGUAUGUUACUUGUGCUA